UUUUUUUAAUUAGCUUGUUUUUUCUUCUUUCCUUGUUAAAUUCUAAGAAGCUAAGCUACUAAAAAGGUCUAGGUUAAUUAUAGUCUAAUAUAUAAACACCUACUAUUUACUAACGACAAUGAAUAAAAAACGACACACAAAACUCAGAAUACACUUGAAUAAUGAUGACAAGCAAAACAUCUUUGGUGAAAAAUGCUGAUAUGUCCGAGGAUUUGAAAGAAAAUAUCAUCCAUAUAUGUAUUGAAGCUGUUGAAAAGUUUUCAGUGGAAAAAGAUGUUGCUUCUUAUAUUAAAAAAGAAUGUGAUCGAUUAUAUAAACCAUCCUGGCAUUGUAUUGUUGGAAAAAACUUUGGAAGUUAUGUUACACACGAAGCAGGAUGUUUCAUCUAUCUAUUUAUCGAUAAGGUGGCUAUACAACUUUUUAAAUCUGGUUAAUUCAACAUUCAGCGAUACCAUUCAUAUGUAAAUUAAAACAAAACAGAAAGUGGAGACUAUUACAUAAAGAAGCAAAUGUGUAAUAAAAACUAUUCUGAUCCUUUAUAACUGUGAUUUGCUUUCAAUAAUCUUUUUAUAGAUAUCAACUAAAAAAUAAAAAAUUUACCAGUAAAUAA